UCACAUGCUAACUUAAACCCCAAGACUAGCUCAACUCAAACAAACUCCUCAAGGCCACAAAACAAAACCACAUCUUAUUUUUUAUUAAAGAACGCUCUCUUUAAAUACCAAUCACACUAUCAAACUCCUCAAACCCCAAAAUCCCAAUUUCUACUCACAGUCCCUCACAAAAAGCUUGACAAACCCUUUUUCAUAUAUUAACCAUGGCUGUAUCAAGAGGAAUGCUUUUACUUUGCCUAGGGACACUUAUGGUAAGUGUGGUCUUGAUCAAAGUGGCUGAGGCUAAUGACCACCAUUCUGGUCCCUGUCACGGGGACCCAAACAAAGGCGAUCAAUGCCUGGAAGAUGAAGAGGAUAUAAUCGGAGACGAUGAUGUAGAUGAAACUUACAAGAUUGUGAACAAGGUUGCAGUGUCCUUCACUGGUAGACUGGGGGAUUUUGAAGAGACAGGCUCAACACCACAAGAGUCAGAAGAGGCAGAGCCAGGAGAUGCUGAGGAGGACCAAAGUCAUCUGAUUGUACUGGGACAUUGAUUAGCAAAUGGAGCUAGCUAGCUAGCUACCUCUGCUUACACCAGUGCUGCAGGCUUUUUUAUUUUUUGCAUUUGUUUCGUAUUCUUUCUUGGUUUCUUGUUUUAGCAUUGCGUUUUCUUGUCCUUUUGAGUUGAUUUCCUCUUUAGCUUUAAUUAAAUGUGAGAUGGGUUCCAUUAUCAUAAAAAAGUUCAUUGUAGUCUCUUGUUGGUUUUUUUUAUAAAUAAAAAUAAAUAGAAGUUAUUUUUCAA